AUGGACAAUGAUGUCACGCCAGUGUACCUGGCAGCACAGGAGGGUCACCUCGCUGUACUGAAGUACCUCGUGCUGGAGGCUGGAGGUCGGCUGGACGCUCGAGCCAGAGACGGCAUGCUGCCCAUACACGCGGCUGCGCAGACUGGAUGUUUGGACUGCGUUAAGUGGAUGAUUGUUGACCGUGGUGUAGAUCCGAACGCUAGAGAUGGCGACGGAGCAACGCCACUGCACUUCGCAGCAUCACGUGGUCAUCUGUCAACAGUACGCUGGCUUUUACGUCACGGUGCCCGACUGCAUUUGGACAGACACGGCAAGAGCCCCAUAAACGACGCCGCUGAGAACCAUCAUUUAGAAUGCCUGAACGUGUUGGUAGCCGCUGGAGCAGCCGGCGCAGACAAUAAACAGUUGUCCACAUAUAAAGCUAUACACUCCUGCGCAUGCGUACCCGGGGAAGCUAGAUGUGCUCUUCAAAACUGUAUCAAUGGGAAUGGGACCCGUUCUCCAUUUUACCUCCACGCCCCGGAGCGCGAGAGGCGCAACUCACACGAACGAAGGGGUUCCCUGUCGUCAACUGUGGGCUCCAUCACCUCGGCGAGGUCUGGACCAGCUGAUGGACUUUACGUCAAUCCGAUGCAGAGGACUUCGGCUACGAGCGCGACCAAUCACAGCUCCUCUGGGGAGGAAAGUUCUGCAUGCUCAGCAUCGGAAGCGGAGACGGCCAACACCGGGGGCUGGUUCCUCCACAGCAACAACUCGAACGCCCCCGCGGCGCUGUACCAGCGCGUGCGGGACCUGUUCCACGCGCGCUCGCCCGGCCCGCGGGUGCCCGCUGAAGGUCAAGAGGCUCCUACCAUGACUGUUAAAGCAGAAAUUCACGGAACGUCAGAAGUGACUCAACCGCAACAGGAAAAUUCUGACAGCGACAGCGGAGCCGAAGCGACACGUCGCGAUCAUCACUACGAAGACAUCUACCUACCACGGGACGAGCACCAGAGGAGAAGAAGCAGUUCCCGAGACUCCGGAAGCCACAGUAGACCUGGAAGUGCAGCCCUAAUAGUUGACUACGGCACCAAAGAGAAUAUUGAAACGUCGAACAAAGCCUACGAAGAAGUAUCUGCACCAGCGCCCGACAGCCAUACGAAAUCCACGCUAGCAACGAAAUUAGCAGCGCUAACACACAAAGCUCAGAAUUUUGCCAGUCGUAUCUCAUCAGCAGCGGGUAGCCGUCGUGCGUCAGUUUCAGAAGAACCAACCGUAGCCCCAGCAUCUCCAUCAUCAGGGGUAUCAUCAGCUGGCUCCACUGGAGGUAGUUCUGGAGACGAGGCGCCCCCUCCUCCACCGCCACCUCCCCCUCCCGCGGUGCUGGAAGAACCAGCUCUGAAGCCAUCUGAGUUAAAAAGUAGGCUGGCGGGGCGGCGCGGCUCGACGGCCUCGGCAGACGAAGAGCGACCGCGCGCGCCCAACCUCGUCAACAAGCAGCCCGCGCUCCCCUUCGUGCCACCGGCCUUUCCACACAACGCGCCGGACCGCCUCAUCAAACCCUCGGAGUAUUUGAAGACCAUCACGGCGCCCUGCAAGCGCGAUGAAGGAGCGGCGGAGCCGCGCCCGCCGCCUCCUCCGCCGGUCCCGGAUAAUGUUCCACCGCCGCCUCCUCAGCCACCCCUGGCUCACCAGCCACUGGCCGCUAUCAGCAGCGCCGAACUUACUGCCGUACGGCUCAAGAUGACGGCCACCAAGACGAUGUCAGCGCCCCCGCCGACUCGAUCCGUCAGUCUCCAAUGUCUCCCAAGUGCAGCGGAUUUCAGAAGCGCAAAGACGGAUCUGAUAGAGGAGUUGAAGAUGUCGAAAGAUAUCACCGGAAUAAGGAAGCUUAAGGUGGAACGAGCCAGACGAGAGAGUCUGCAGGAUAAGGAAACGUUUACGGAGUUCACCAAAAGGUUCACUGCGGAGAACUUUGUUGAUCAGAUCCCGGAGCGAGACACAGCGGGUAACAUUAUACCAGCGUGGAAGAGACAAAUGUUGGCGCGGAGAGCUGCGGAGAAGGCGAGGAAGGAUCUGGAGAGAGAGCUCGCCGGGGAGGCGGAGAGACGGAGAGCGGCCUGCGUGCCGGCGUGGAAGAGGCAGCUGCUGGCUAGGCGCGAGGAAGCGGAAAAUCGGUUGAGACAAUCACUCUACACACCGAAAGUGGAGGAGUCAAACGACGGUUUGAAACAGAACGGAGAUUGGCGCGCGUACCCCGGUUCCCAGCGCGCCGUGUCCAUAGACAACAUCACGCUCUGCUACGACGCGCCGGCGCACCCCACGCGUGCGCCUUCCGAAGUCAAGCUCUCCUCUGAACAUUGCAACGGUCACUCGACACUAAACGGUCAUCAUGAAAACGAAGAGGAAGAAAGCGCUAAAAUAAUCCCCUGGCGAGCUCAACUGCGUAAGACAAACAGCAAACUUAAUUUACUCGAGUAGGAUAAUUAUUGGUAAGAACGGUAGGAUUCGUAGGCCGCUAGUAAUAAUGUUUACUUUGGUAGAUUUUAUAACGUAAUGUUAUAAAACAUGCUCACUAUAUUUUACACGUUUAAUUAACAUUCGAAAUGUUGUAACUUCGUCUAUAACUAAUUUCGAGCCGAUGUUUUUUCGAUCUUUCUGAAUGAGUGUUGCUAUACUGUUGGUGGAUUAAUUUUUAUGCCUUAGUGGUCACUAAAGUGUGAAAAUUAUGACAACAUUUUAUAAUAAAUUUUACCGUCGUUUAGCGAUUUUUUUUUUUAAAACUUUUUC